CGCGCGGUGGGAUUCCGCCCCCUGCGAAUGCGACUCUGGAAUUGACGACAAAAGUCAGGUGUUUUGUCUAUGCUAGGAAUUUAACAGUCUCGACCCGUUGCAGCCGCAAGAGCCGUUCCGAUCUAUCUUCGAGAACCCGGGGUGAUCCGAAGCUUAUUUACAGGUGUCAGCCCACUCUUUGUCACAGCUUUCAAUGUUCCAAGCUCGUGGCAUCCAAAAUUUAAGGUCAAGAGCUGGGCAUUUCCGCAUCUCCGUGAACUGCAAGACUUUUCCCUAAGCAAUUGAGGCCUUUCAGCACGAAAUAACUGACACAUUUGGGCAUUUCUACCGUCAGACAACUCAAUGCAACGUAUGCAAAACCAUGACACAAGGGUAUUUGAUCGUCUCUGCUUUACCCUCCCUGCCUCUCCCAAACUUACACGCAAGACGGCGGGGCAUUAGCAUGAAAGGAACGUCAAGCCUGGGGAUAUAGUUGGGCCCUGCAUUUCCAUCAGUCUGGAUCCGACGAAACAUAUUAACGAAUGCAGUAACUAACAUAAAAAACCGUAUCCAAAAAAAGAAGCCCCGGCGCCAAUCCCGGUGACGUGCGGCUCACCCCGCGGAGAUGCUCUAACCAAAACCAUCAGACCACUACCAAGAUCGCACCGUGAUCCAGGAACCCACACGGCGAACGGCGCUCUAUUCGGGUCCAUGAGCUAUUCUUUUCGCAUGGCAUGAUGCUUGGCCUUGAGAGUCAUGAAGACCGUAAUGUUCUUUCUCCGCGCCAUGACUGGUUCUCCGGCCUGGUAUAUAAAGAGUCUAAAGGUUGGCCAGUUUGACGAUAUUAUUCUCGGCAUCGUCUAGUAUAUCAGUACCACAACAACCUCUCAACUCUUCCUCACAUCUCCUCAACACCAAACAAACAGAACACAAUGGCUCUCACCGCAGCACAAGUAGCAAUUGUGAAGUCAACUGCUCCCAUCCUGAAGGAGCAUGGCAAGACUAUCACCACCACUUUCUACCGCAACAUGCUCGGCGCCCACCCUGAGCUCAAGAACUACUUCUCUCUACGAAACCAGCAGACCGGAGCUCAGCAAGCUGCUCUCGCCAACUCUGUCCUCGCCUACGCCACAUAUAUCGACGACCUUGGCAAGCUUUCCCACGCCGUUGAGCGCAUUGCUCACAAGCACGUUUCUCUCUUCAUCAAGCCAGAGCACUACCCCAUCGUUGGCACACAUCUCAUCGGUGCCAUUGGCGAGGUUCUCGGUUCUGCUUUGACGACUGAGAUCAAGGACGCUUGGGUUGCUGCUUAUGGCCAGCUCGCUGAUAUCUUUAUCCAGCGCGAGGGUCAGAUGUACGAGGCUGCUGGCGAAUGGAACUCGUGGCGCAAGUUCAAGAUUGUCAAGAAGGAGGCUGAGAACGACUCUGUUACUAGCUUUUAUCUUGAGCCUACUGAUGGCAAGUCUCUGCCCAAGUUCCUACCCGGACAAUACGUCAGCGUGCAGAUUCCCAUCCCUGAGCUUGAUGGUCUUCUUCAGAGCCGUCAGUUCAGUCUGAGCGAGGCCCCUGGCACCGGCCACUACCGCAUCAGUGUCAAGCUUCAGGGUCCCACCGAGGAGCCUGCUAUUGAGGAUCUCGCUGCUGGCAAGAUUGCUGGUCUUCUCUCCACAAGACUUCACAACCGUUACAACGUCGGUGACGAGCUUGAGCUGAGCCCUCCUGCUGGAGAGUUCUCCCUCGACCCUGCCGACACUUCUGCUGCCAAGAAGCCUCUUGUUCUCCUCUCGGCUGGUGUUGGCGCCACUCCUCUCGUCUCAAUCCUCGACUCAGUUCUUCAGUCCCCUACCGCCUCACGACCCAUCACCUGGAUCCACGGUGCUCGCUACUCUGGCUCUACCUGCUUCGUUCCCCACGUUCUCGACUCUGCUAAGAAGCACGAGAAUAUCACCGCCACGAUCUUCCUAGAGGAUGUUAAGGAGGGUGACCAGUACGACUUUAAGGGCGAGAUCGACCUUGCCAAGCUCCAGAAGGAACAGCUUCUCCAGCUCGACAACGCUGAUGCUGAGUACUACAUCUGCGGACCUGAGGACUGGAUGGUCAAUGUCAGGGCAUUCCUCGAGGAGAACGGUGUUCCCCGUGAGCGCCAGCACCUCGAGCUCUUCAAGACUGGAGAUAUUUAAAAAGCCAUGCGCUGCAUAUGAUGGGUUUCCUUGUAUUUAAUCAGUUUAUUGCCUGGCAUGUCGAGGGCGUUGAGGAUCUGCUGUGCUUUUUUUGCAGCGGUAUGUUUUGUUUGCUCAGAUUGAAGAAAGAGUGCAUAUACUAGAUACCAGAUACCACCCUCAAAAACAAAAAAGAAUGAUUCAACCUAAUUUCGUUCGCUUCUGGCGCAGUAAUAUCCAAAGUGAAGAACUUGAGAGUGUGUCUUGGUAAAUAGCCGACGUAUCAGUAUCACAUGUAGUACAGUGAGACGAGCCACGAGUAAAAGUAACGAGAGACAAUAGUGAUAACAUGUGCGUAUGUGUGUUUUAUCUUCCCAGGCAAGGCUUGAGUUACGACUGGACGCCACCGUCCAAUGUCUCGCCUGUCUGUGGACGACGUUGUAUGCAGUCACUUUAAACGACGAUGGGGGAGGAAAAAGUAAAUAUCAAUCAAUACCCUUGUCUGUGGGGAUGAGAUCGGAUGGUUAACCGAUCGAGAUUGAGUUGGGGAGGUAUUACGUAUUAGUUAUGGGUGGAGAAUGGGCAUGAUCUGAGGUGAUAUGGUGGGAUAUAUCAUGAGAAGUGAUCAUGGGAAGUGGUGUGGUCAUAUGCAGGUUGAUGUUAGAGAGUAGAGGGCCAUACAGAAUACAACUUAUAAGAAAUAUCAGCCAGAGGAGACGGGAGAACAAUACUCACAUUCAGACCAGUGACUGGCCACAGUCGCAAUAUUUGACUCAACUCAUCAACAAAUCGCUAUCGUCUUCUUCGCCUCCACGCAACUGCAGCUCGCCGAACUACCCUCCAAUGAAGCACACCGUCGAUCCGAUAUAUCAAUCAAGCCUCUUUCUCAAAUCUGCGGUGAAGAAAAAAGGUAAGACCCAAACGAGGCUUUCUGUAAGGACAGGGCUAGCAGGAAAAGACGUGCCUCAUGUAGCACCACAUGGUCGAGAAGCACAAGGCGUGCUGUUGUGGUACAUUGCAGACAAGGGAAGAGACGCCACCGCUUGUUGGGAUUGAUGAGAGACUUUGAUGACGAUGAGGAACUGAGUUGGUUCUGACUUAAUUUGAAUGCUUGAUUCAAAGUAAUGAGUUUGGCACCUUGCACUUGAUGAUAUCUCAGAUAUGGAAUAGAGACAUACAUAGCAGA